AGAGAGCAGUGGGGAAGCACAACUCUCACUGGAGAUCCUGCUGUCUACUACUUACUGCCAACCAAGCAUUAGUGCUAACAAUGAGCUUUAGCCAGGAGUCUGGUGCCCAUCAUCACCCCCAGGAUUAUGCAGGACUUUCUGAUGAGGAGGAUGAAAUUGAUAUUCUUGGAGAAGAUGAUCCCUGCAGCCUAAAGUCACACUUUUACCUACAGCCCACACAUUCAGUGAUGGGGGACAGUGAGAUGCUGAGUCCUUCCAAGCUCAGCUGCACUGAAAGUGAGAGUGAUUCCUCUGGAGAGAGUGAAGGAGGUACUUCUAAAGACUCCUCAACCACCCCAACUGGUAGCAAAGCCAAACGGACUCUGGUAAAGCCUCCUUACUCUUACAUUGCUCUAAUCACCAUGGCUAUCCUGCAGAGUCCCCACAAGAAACUGACUCUCAGUGGCAUCUGUGAUUUUAUCAGCAGCAAGUUCCCUUACUACAAGGACAAGUUCCCUGCUUGGCAGAAUUCCAUCAGGCACAACCUGUCCCUUAAUGACUGCUUUAUUAAAAUACCACGGGAACCAGGAAAUCCAGGAAAAGGCAAUUAUUGGACACUGGACCCUGCUUCUGAGGACAUGUUUGAUAACGGAAGCUUCCUUAGAAGGAGGAAAAGGUUUAAGAGGCACCAACAGGAGUUCUUUAAGGAUGGACUCAUGAUGUACAACUCUCUGCCUUACUACAGACCCUACAGUGCUAUCCAACCUCAGCCAGUGCUCCAGCAGACUUCACUGACAUGCAUGGCAAUACCAGAGACCUUGCCCAUGUCAACUCACCUUGCACCCUACCCAGACAUAAAGAGGAAGGUUUCUUACCCUGCCCAGGGGGUACACAGGGGUUUUAAAGCCCAGGAUGCUGAUAACCAUCCCAAUAAUUCACAGAGCAAAUGUUCAUUCAGUAUUGAGAACAUCAUGAGGAAACCCAAGGAGCCAGAGCCAAAUAUUCAAAGCUUCAACUCACACUGGAACUAUAAUCAUGUAUUCCAGAGGCCAAGUUCCUGCCUUCUCCCAGCUGUGCUUAACUUAUCCACUGGCCCUCUGCUAGCCAAUACUCAGGGUGCCAGGCAAUACAACCUCAUACAAUUCCCUGGGUGUUACUGAAGUAAGUGACUUUGGGUCUCAUACAACUCCAGUAUUGCCCUCCCAUUUUCUUAAUAUGUUAUUGCUCAUGGAUUCUACAACUAGGACCUUCUUGUGUCCAAAUCCAAAGACUUUAAUUUUAUUUUUUAUUUAUUGUCGAAGACAAGGUUAUCCAAUCUGUGACCCUCCACUUUGUACUAAAGUAAAAUUUCUAGCACCCCCUAAAUUACAAGGUUGUCCGGGAAGGACGGAAGUUGCAGUUCAAUAACAGCUAGAGGACCACUGGUUAUACAUAACCAGACAGUCAUAUGUACUUGUAUGACAACCCAAACGUGGCACAUGUGCUGCUGGAGGCUUGAAUUACGCUUGAAACACUAUGGAUUUUAUGUAUAUGUGUGUGAAAUUGUGGCUUAGGAUGGCUUAGGAUGUCACUUGGCCCCAGUGGGCAACGGGUAUGCAGUUUUGUAACACCAUCCUUUUGUUUUAUCUUAUUUUACUGUUAAUAUAUAAUGUAAAUAGAAAUGUAAUCUAUUCAACUAUUUAUUAUAAAAGUUAUUGCAACUUUUCAGUCUACUUAUGCUAAAUAAAAUAAUUCACCUGAAUAU